AUGUCUUUUCUCUCUUCACCUCUCUCUCCCUCUCUCUCUCUCUCUCUCUCUAUAUAUAUAUAUAUAUAUAUAUAUAUAUAUAUAUUCCCUUCCUCUUUUUUCUUCUUUUCCCUUUCUCGCUCUAUCUUCAUUCCCCUUUCUCUAUAUAAAUUCAUUUUCCUUUCCUUCUCUAUCUUUCUUUUCCUUUCCUCUCUCUCUUUCUUUUCUUUUCCUCUCUUUCUCUAUCUUUCUUUUCCUUUCUUCUCUCUCUAUCUUUCUUUUCCUUUCCUCUCUUUCUCUAUCUUUCUUUUCCUUUCCUCUCUCUCUCUCUCUUUCUUUUCCUUCCCCCUCUCUAUAUCUUUCUGUUCCUUUCCUCUCUCUAUAUCUUUCUUUUCCUUUCCUCUCUUUCUCUACCCCUCUUUUCCUUUCCUCUCUCUCUAUAUAUUUCUUUUCCUUUCCUCUCUCUCUAUCUUUCUUUUACUUUCUUCUCUCUUUCUUUUCCUUUCCUCUCUCUCUUUCUUUUCCUUUCCUCUCUCUUUCUUUUCCUUUCCUCUCUCUCUUUCUUUUCCUUUCCUCUCUCUCUAUCUUUCUUUUCCUUUCCCCUCUCUCUAUCUCUCUUUUCCUUUCCUCUCUCUAUAUCUUUCUUUUCCUUUCCCCUCUCUCCAUCUUUCUUUUCCUUACCUCUCUCUAUAUCUUUCUUUUCAUUUCCUCCCUCUAUAUCUCUUUUUUCAUUUCCUCUCUCUCUCUCUUUCUUUUCCUUUUCUCUCUCUCUCUAUCUUUCUUUUCCUUUCCUCUCUCUAUAUCUUCCUUUUCCUUUCCUCUCUAUAUCUCUUUUUUCCUUUCCUCUCUCUCUCUGUCUUUCUUUUCCUUCCCCUCUCUUUAUCUUCCUUUUCCUUUCCUCUCUCUCUAUCUUUCUUUUCCUUUCCCCUCUCUCUAUCUUUCUUUUCCUUUCCUCUCUCUCUGUCUUUCUUUUCCUUUCCUAUCUCUCUUACUCUCUAUCCCCCCUUUCUCUUUCUUUCACUCUCGCCUCACUCCUUAUCUCUCUCUUACUUUCACUUUCUCUUCCCACUUUAUUUCUCUCUUUGCCUCUUUUUCUCUCUCAAAUCUACCUUCCCACUGAUUCAAAAAUCUUUCAUUUCACCAGUCAAACUUUAUAUCUAUCUAUCUAUCUAUCUAUCUAUCUAUCUAUCUAUCUAUCUAUCUAUUGCACGCUCGUUCGAUCGAUCAUUCAGUCACUUCCAGGAAUAUUUCAUAAUAAUUUUGACAAAUAUUACCACAGACAAUUCUUCCAAAUGCUUUGCCAAGACCUGUGCGUCUCUCUCUCUCUCUCUUUCUUUCUCUUUCUCUCUCUCUCUCUCUUUCUCUCUCUUUCUCUUUUCUCCUUUUCUCUCUCUUUCUCUCUCUCUCUCUUUUUCUUUCUUUCUUUCUCUCUCUCUCUCUUUCUCUCUCUCUUUCUCUUUUUCUCUUUUUCUCGCUCUCUUUCUCUCUCUUUCUUUCUUUUUCUCUCUCUUUCUCUCUCUCUUUCUGUUUCUCUCUUUCUCUCUUUCUCUUUCUCUCUCUCUUUCUCUUUCUUUCUCUCUCUCUUUCUCUCUCGUUCUCUCUCUUUCUCUUUCUCUCUCUCUUUCUCUCUCGUUCUCUCUCUUUCUCUGUCUCUCUCUCUUUCUCUUUCCGUAUGCGUGUGUUGUUGCGUUUCACAUGCGCAUCUUGAAAACAUCCCCCUUCCAUUCACUCACUCGCAACAUUUAG